AUGAAACGUCAUGACGUAUUUAGUGCACGCAGACCUCCUGGUUUCUCUUGUUUUGUAAACGAACAGGCCACGAAAUCUUUGCAGAUUGUCGAUCUCCUCUCUUAUCGUAAAGCCAGUUACACUUCUUGUUUGAGAUCAAUCUGAAGAGACAUGACAGCCAAAAAUGGCCUGAUCACUGAUACAUACAAGGUAGUGAAGAAAGUGAAGAGAAGUAACAGACGUGAGAAGAAACCUCCAUCACCCCCAGCUGCAGAACCUCCUCAACUGAGUGAGAGAGAGGUUGAUCUGCAGCAGCUAAGGAAGUUUGACUUGACCUGGCAGUUCGGCCCAUGUACAGGGAUCACUCGCUUGCAAAGAUGGGAGAGGGCAGCUCUACAUGGCCUAAACCCCCCACAGAAGAUUAAAGACAUACUGCUGAGGGAGAGCACAGACCCAGAAUACACACACAGUCUCUGGCGUGACUACCCCUUGUGAAGAAACAUGGGUGAAGAAAAUGAGACAAAAUGAUAGAAUGAGAAACCAGUUGAGGAAUGACGAUCAUGGUUAUUGUGAUUGUUCGUGUUUGAAUGUUUCUGUGUUGUUGUUUUUGGUUUUGGUUUAUUUGAUUGGGUUUUUGUGUGUUGUCUAAUUUUUACACUACAUUUUUUUUAUAAAGUUUUAUCAAGCACUGCUUGGCUUCAA